GUUCCAGCGCUCUCCAUCCCACCGCCCCUCCAGUGUCUCCCCGUCGGGGUCCCGAAGCCCCGCCGCUGCGCUCCCUCCGCCCCCUGCAGAACCCGGAAUGGAGCCCUUCCUCAGGAAGAGGCUGGCGUUCCUUUCCUUUUUCUGGGACAAGAUCUGGCCGACCGACGCGCCGCGGUUCCCGGACCCCGACGCUGACCUGGAACCGGAGCCCGCCGCAGAGGAGCCCAGUACCGCGGAGCCUUGCAGUCCCCCGGCGCCCGCUCAGCUCUUCAGGGCGCUGUCCGACUUCACGGCGCGGCGCGCGGAGGAGCUGAGCGUCAGCCGCGGGGACAGGCUCCACGCCCUCAGGGAGGAGGGCGGCUGCAUUCUGGCCCGCAAACUCUCGGGCUGGCCCCGCACUGGCCUGGUGCCCAUCACCUACGUGGCCAAGGUGGCCCCUGAGACGCUCUCGGAUCAGCCCUGGUACUUCAGUGGCAUCAGCCGAACCCAGGCCCAGCAGCUGCUCCUGUCCCCCCCCAACGCACCGGGAGCCUUCCUUGUCCGGCCCAGCGAGAGCAGCCAUGGGGACUACUCACUGUCAGUCCGGGCCCAGACCAAAGUCUGCCACUACCGCAUCUCCACGGCAGCCGAUGGCAGCCUCUACCUGCAGAGGGACCGGCUCUUUCCCAGUCUGGAUGAGCUGCUGGCAUAUUACAAGGCCAACUGGAAGCUGAUACAGAGCCCACUGCUGCAGCCCUGCACACUCCAGAAGUCCCUUGAGCAGGACGAGUGGGAGCGGCCCCACUCGGAGUUCACCCUGCGGAGGAAGCUGGGCGAAGGCUACUUCGGGGAGGUGUGGGAAGGCCUGUGGCUGGGCUCCAUGCCCGUGGCGGUCAAGGUCAUCAGACCAGGCGAUGUGAAGCUCGCGGACCUGGCCCAGGAGAUCCAAACGCUCAAGAGCCUGCGGCAUGAGCGCCUCAUUCGGCUUCAUGCGGUGUGCUCGGCGGGUGAGCCCGUGUACAUCGUCACCGAGCUCAUGCGCAAGGGCAGCCUUCAGGCCUUCCUGGGCAGCCCCGAAGGCCAGGCCCUGAGCCCACCCCUCCUGCUGACCUUUGCCUGUCAGGUGGCCGAGGGCAUGAGCUACCUGGAGGAGCAGCGCAUCGUGCACAGGGAUCUGGCUGCCAGGAACGUGCUCGUGGGCGACGACCUGGCCUGCAAGGUGGCCGACUUUGGCCUGGCCCGCCUGCUCAAGGAUGACGUAUACUCCCCGCGCAGCGGCUCCAAGAUCCCCGUCAAGUGGACAGCGCCCGAGGCAGCCAACUACUGCGUGUACUCGCCCAAGUCUGACGUCUGGUCCUUCGGGGUUCUGCUCUACGAGGUCUUCACAUAUGGCCGGUGUCCCUAUGAAGGGAUGAGCAACCAUGAGACUCUACAGCAGAUCUCACGGGGGUACCGGCUCCCACGCCCGGCUGCCUGCCCGGCUGAGGUCUACGCGCUCAUGCUGGGGUGCUGGAGGCGCUGCCCGGAAGAGCGGCCGGACUUCACCACACUGCGGGAGAAGCUGGGUGCCACGAGCAGGCGCCACCGCCCCACCCUCACAUGACCCGGGCUCCUGCCCAGGCACCCCCCUCACGGGACAGUGUUUGCCAACAAUACCUGCUGCUCAGAACUGGUGCCAGCCCACAGAGCCUCUGGCUGUGGGCCUCACACCCUGACACGUGCUGGCACACACAGCUUGUGCACACGAGGCAGACACAUGCGAACACCUGCUCAGACAGGAGAGGGACCAGCGUCCUCCACCAGGGUGACCAGUGUUCCCCAGAGAGGGAGGGUCUCAGCAGAGAAGCCCAGACAGAGCCCACAUUCGCCCUGACCUCAGGGAGACACGGGGCAGAGAGGCCUCCUGCCGGUGCCUGCCUCAUCGAGCCCCCUCCCACAGCAGGAGCCUUGGUGGGUUGCUGUGGCCUUCUUGCAGCUGUCGGUGCUAGGGCUUUGGCAAGCCCGUGGUGCUGGCCCCACGUGGCACAGACUGGCAUAGCCGCUCCCUCCUGUGGGCCACCUGGGCCUGAGCCCCUAACCAGAACAGGACCUGGGGCUGACGGCUCAGCCCUCCAUCUGGUGGAUCGUGCCCGAGGAAGAGCUGGCUCUCACAUGCCCACCUCCACCCCAGGGCAUCUUGGCGCCCACAUCCGGGGAUUCAGAGGCAGCACACCCCCUGGGCUGUGGGCAGGAGCAGGAUGGCGGGGGAGGCUGCAGAGGCCAGGCCUUUCCCGUGCCCCUGGGGCUGGAGCAGAGAGCGAGGGAGGGAGGGUUGUCAGGCCACAGGGAGCUCAGACUGGUGACUGGGUGACGCUCUGGGCGGUUCUCUGUGGGUCGGCAAAGGUCAGGGAGGCAUCGUGUCUUAGAGCUGGGGUCCUGGGUGCUGGCUGACUGUGCAGGGUCGGGGUGGGGCAGACGUGGAUGCUCUGGCGUCGGGGCACCUGGUGACCACUGGCCCUCCUGUGACAGGAAGCAGCCAGUUUCCAGGUGCAGCUGCUGCCCCGGGGCUAAUCUCAAGCACGGCUUUGUGGCUUUGUCACAGGACGUCGUGCACUGUUGGCUUCACCUCACCCUGCCGGCUCCAGUCCCACGAGAUGGACAUGCACGGGGACUGGGCAGGUGGGGUCUGCCCUCAGGGUUCCUGACUCUCAUCGUGGUAGCCCCAGGCUGGCAGCUCUGCUCCGGAGGCCUGUGGGACAGAAGGGGCAGAGGCAUCAUGGGGCAGGAAGAUGGGACCCUAGGGUUCAGAUAAGUGACCCUCCUGCCCCAGGAGCUGCUCAAAUGCUCAGAAAAAGUCUGUGCAGGGUUGGAGAAAUUAGGGCAGAGGACUUCCCAGAGGGCAGGGGAGAGGGGCGUGGGGAGGGUGAGGGACCCCUUGGGCCCCAGUCACUUUGGUUGUGGGUCAGAGCCUGAGACACAGUCCCCAGCCAUCCCCCUCCCCGAGGCAGAUGGGAGAGGGGGCAGGAGGGUUUGGCCUCAGCCUUUUGGGACACCAGGCAGCUGGGCCUCAGCUCUGCCCUGGCCUUCAGUCCCUGACCCCUCUCUACCCUGUCCUGGGAGAGCUGGAGGGCCCGAAGGUGAGGGCUGGGCUCCUCUGGCUCUCGUGGUUCCCAGACCAAGAAGCCUGUGGGGCUCGGGCUCCAUCCCCGUUGAAGGACUCACCCUCUUCGUUUCCUGCUGUGUGUGGGAACUGGGGCUGGCAGGCAUCCUGGGAGUUGGGAGGGAGCAUGCUGGGUGGGGUGACAGGAGAGGCAGGUGUGCGUGGGGGUCACCAGCGCUUCCUGGAGGCUCAUCAUCAGCACAAGCUAAACAGGUUUGACACUGGUGCCUUAGGAGGGCCCGGGCUUCAGCCUCAGAUCCCUCCCAUUUGCUGGUAUGACGCAGGCAGGACCAGAGGCCCCAGGGACAUGGCUCAGGGGCGGGGCCCAAGGCCAAGGAGGGUCAGAGAGUUGUGGCCAACCAUUGAGGGGGUAGGUGUGCGGGGUUGGGGGCUUUGGAACUUCUCACCGCCCAGCCAUCUGUCUGUCCCCUCUGGGCCCUCCUUGGUCAGAGCCAAGCAGGCUUGUUCUUGAUCUCAGAGUGGCGGGUGGUGCCUAAUCUCUUCUCAAUAAAAGGGAACCCGCCCAC